UUAGAGUUCAACAUCGGACAGAAAUCUGGUUUUGUUCUUCCUCAAUCAUUUUUCCCUCUUGUUUUCAUUCUUCACAUUUGUUUUCUAAGCCAUGGCUCCCAAAAAUUUCUCCUCAUUUAUACACUCGAUAUGGAUACUUUUGUUUGUCUUCGGGGUUGCUUCUGCUCAGUUGACACCGGACUUCUAUAAUAAAACAUGCCCCGGUGCAUUUGCUGCCAUUGAUAAGGUGGUUAGAGCUGCCAUAGCUAAUGAUCCUUCGAUGGGAGCAUCCUUGCUUCGUCUUCAAUUCCACGACUGCUUUGUUAAUGGAUGCGACGGAUCUGUGCUGUUGGAUGACACACCAACAACGAAAGGAGAAAAAACGGCUGCUCCAAAUAACAAUUCUCUCAGGGGAUUUGAUGUAAUUGAUAGAAUUAAAGCCGAGGUUGAGAGUUUGUGCCCAGGUGUUGUUUCAUGUGCUGACAUUGUCAUCAUUACUGCUCGUGAUUCCGUUGUUGCUUUUGGUGGAACUCCCUGGACAGUUCUUCUGGGCAGAAGAGAUUCACCCAUAGCCAACUUCAGCGGGGCCAAUACUGACAUCCCGGCCCCAACUUUGAAUCUAAGCAAUCUCAUUACUUCCUUCGCAAACAAAGGCUUAAAUGCUAUUGAUUUGGUGGCUUUAUCUGGUGCACACACAGUUGGCCAAGCUAGGUGUAUCAAUUUCCGCAACCGGAUCUAUAACGACACCAACAUUGAUCCCGAGUAUGCGAAAGCAUUGAGAGGAAUUUGUCCGAUUACUGGUGGAGAUGACAAUCUUUAUUCUUUCACAGAAAGUGCAACACAUUUCGAUAAUGACAUCUACCAUGACAUGAUAAAGAAAAAGGUACUGUUGCACUCUGACCAAGAGUUGUACAAUGGUGGCCCACUGGACCGCCAAGUUGAGGCUUACAGCAAAAAUCCUGAAGCUUUCGCUGCAGAUUUUGGGAAUGCGAUGAUCAACAUGGGAAACAUUAGCCCUCUGACGGGCACCAGUGGCCAAAUCAGGUUGAACUGUAGAAAAGUCAAUUGAGCCAGGAGUGCCGGGCAUAUAUGAGCCUUGUUGUCUAAUUAUUAAUAGAAUAAACCGGACAUAUAUGAGCCUUGUUGUCUAAUUAUUACUAGAAUAAACCGGACAUAUAUGAGCCUUGUUGUCUAAUUAUUACUAGAAUAAAGCGGCCCUGUACUU